UUUGGUUAAAAAGCCUAAUGAAAAUUGGAGAAAGCAGAAGAGCAUGUGGCAUUUGGCUCUUACCGGUUAAAAUUCCCCCGUUUCUCUCUUUCCCUCCGCCGCUCUCUCCUCCAUCUCCGUCCCCAAACGCUAGGUGUGUCUCCGCCAAACCACUAGAUAUGGGAGGCAGAGGAGUUAUCGGGGAUCGAUGGUCCAUGAGGAUUCUCUGGGCGUGUGCAAUUGGAAGUGCUGUCAGCCUAUAUAUGGUUGCUGUGGACAGACAACUAAAGAACAGGGAACGAGCGCUGGCCGAAGAGUUAAAAGCCAUGGAGGCAGAAUCAGGCAGCGGUGAGGUUGCUUGACUGUUGAUAAAUUAUAGGCAAUAACUAGCUUAGAGUUUUCUAGAUUUCCCAAGUUCGCAUCUGUCAUUUUGGCCAUUGUGAGGGUUAUGUAAAAUGUUGUCUGUUGUUCCCAUUCGGAAUCAAGUUUUAGGGGGUUUACCCCGCUGACAAGAAUAUCACGAUUCUGGUUUUUGCAGGAUAUUGAUGUAGAAGUCGUUGCAGAGACUGUUCUCUGCACAGGAAUAUAUAUUCGAGAAUGACAUUUCUUUUGCGAUGCAUUCACACACUAGCAACAUUUUCAUUCCCUCUCUUUAUAUUCGUCCCAAAGCUACUUGAAUAGUCCUUUACUGGAAGCAAUCCACUUUGAUGCCAAAUUGUCAUUGUUAUUUUUGCUUUGCAUGGUCACUCGUGUAUGCGCAGGGCUGAUCCUGGCACGCUGGCUCGAAAUGCAUCAACAGUCAAUAUCAGCUAACGCCUAUGUGGGCAACUGACAUAGCAUCCUUAAAUCCUUAUUUGGUAGUGUUCAUUUGUAGAGACUAUUUAUGUUCUUGUAACGCAAUGUAGUGAUCUAGUUGUGUAACUCGAAUCUCUGAACUAAUAAAUUACCAUGGGCUGCAAGUGCAA